GCCGCGAAGAAGGAGGAGGAACAGGAAAGGGUCGGGCAGUGGGGGAUUAGGUCGUUCGGCGGCGGCGGCUCUCUUCCGGACCGACGAUGGACAGCCAGGGCAGGAAGGUGGUGGUGUGCGACAACGGCACCGGGUUUGUGAAGUGCGGAUAUGCAGGCUCUAACUUUCCAGAACACAUCUUCCCAGCUUUGGUUGGAAGACCUAUUAUCAGAUCAACCACCAAAGUGGGAAACAUUGAAAUCAAGAAUAACAAAAAGAUGGAUCUUAUGGUCGGUGAUGAGGCAAGUGAAUUACGCUCAAUGUUAGAAGUUAACUACCCUAUGGAAAAUGGCAUAGUACGAAAUUGGGAUGAUAUGAAACACCUGUGGGAUUAUACAUUUGGACCAGAGAAACUUAACAUAGAUACCAGAAAUUGUAAAAUCUUACUCACAGAACCUCCCAUGAACCCCACCAAAAACAGAGAGAAGAUUGUAGAGGUAAUGUUUGAAACUUACCAGUUUUCUGGUGUGUAUGUAGCUAUCCAGGCAGUUCUGACUUUGUAUGCUCAAGGUUUAUUGACUGGAGUAGUGGUGGACUCUGGAGAUGGUGUAACUCACAUUUGUCCAGUGUAUGAAGGCUUUUCUCUCCCUCACCUUACCAGGAGACUGGAUAUUGCUGGAAGGGAUAUUACCAGAUAUCUUAUCAAGCUGCUGCUUUUGCGAGGAUAUGCCUUCAACCAUUCUGCUGACUUUGAAACAGUUCGCAUGAUUAAAGAAAAAUUGUGUUAUGUGGGGUAUAAUAUUGAGCAAGAGCAGAAGCUGGCCUUAGAAACCACAGUAUUAGUUGAAUCUUACACACUCCCAGAUGGCCGCAUUAUCAAAGUUGGGGGAGAGAGAUUUGAAGCACCAGAAGCUUUAUUUCAGCCUCACCUGAUCAAUGUUGAGGGAGUAGGUGUUGCCGAAUUGCUUUUUAACACAAUCCAGGCAGCUGACAUUGAUACCAGAUCUGAAUUCUAUAAGCACAUCGUGCUUUCUGGAGGGUCUACCAUGUACCCUGGGCUGCCAUCACGGUUGGAACGAGAACUUAAACAGCUUUACUUAGAACGAGUUUUAAAGGGAGAUGUGGAAAAACUUUCUAAAUUUAAGAUCCGCAUCGAAGACCCACCGCGCAGAAAGCAUAUGGUGUUCCUGGGUGGUGCUGUUCUAGCAGAUAUCAUGAAGGACAAAGACAACUUCUGGAUGACCCGACAAGAAUACCAAGAAAAGGGUGUUCGUGUGCUGGAGAAACUUGGUGUGACUGUUCGAUAAACUAACUCCAGAGCUUGUUCACAUCACACCCCUAAUGCUUUCUUUUUGCCUUUAUUGCCAGUCUUUGAACUCAUUCAACUUCAGGACAUGGAAGAGUCCUCUCUGUGCCCUUUGACUGGAAAGGUCAGGUUUUAUUCUGGUGUCUUGGGGAAGCUUUGUUAAUUUUUUGUUAAUGUGGGUAAAUCUGUUUAAUUCAACCACUUCCCUACAAACAUGAUGAGAGGGCAAAGGGUCCUGUCUGCUGCUUUGUUUCUUCUAAGUAGGCAUUUAGAUCAUUCCUGUCAGCUUCCUAUUUUCACUUUACUGCUCUAAUGCGGCUAGUUUUAGUCUUUAGCACGCUAGGUGGUAUGCCUUUAUUAGCAUAAGAAAAAACUUUACAGGGGCUUUUACAUUUUAUUGGGGUGGGGGUGGUGAGGGGCGGGUGAGCGGCUGCUGACCCCUUUUACAGCAUUUCCUCCCUGGUGUGGUGCUUUCAACAGUCACUGCACAGUUGAAGUACCUUAAAGCUUCUGGAAUUAACAUUUUAGGGGGAACGUUAGACUCAGAAUUCAGGUGUUUUUGGUGGGUUUUUGCGUGGGGGCAGGGAGUGGUUUUUUUAUUUUACAAUUUUGAUUUUUUGAGCUUUUCUGCUCUGAGGUGUGUAAGAUGAAAUUUAUUUACAGUACUUUGAUUUGGCAGGUUUUCUUCUACUUUUGGUCUGCCUAGAACUGUUUCCAUGAUAUAAAAAGCAAGUGUAAUACUCCAUUACCAUGUGGCUUAGGGAUUUAUUUGUUUUGUUUUGUUUUUAAAUCAACCAUGUUAGCUGGGAGUAGACUCCCUAGAAUCUAUCAGUGCAAAAUUAACAGUUUAAAAAUGCUUUUGGAAAUUCAGAUUGCAGAUGAAAAAAGUGCUUAAGAGUGCUUCUUUUUAUACCAGAAGCAUUAAGGUAAUCCAGUGCCAAGUACCAUUCUUGCAGUUACACUUUGAUAUAUCUGACCAGUGCUUCUUUAGUAAGAAUCAGUAAAUACAUAGGAAUAAUUACUGGCAGUAGGUUAUGAUUGUUGGGUUAAAAAUAACAUUGAAAUAUGGGACUUGUUGCCAGUUGGGUAAUUUUCAUUGCUUUUUUAUUAUUAUUUUAAUUUGAAACUUGGAAGUAGAAUAAAAUUUGACUACUUAAAAUGUUGGC